AUCACUGCCACGCUCUCCCUGUCCUUGCUCUUCUUCCUGGUCAAUCGGCUGAGGCAGCGCAAGAUGCGGGCCCGAGAGAAUCGCCAGAAUGCCGAGGAUCAGCGCAGCAUUGUGGGAAGCAUUGGAUACAUUGCUGGAAACAUGGGCUACAUGGAGGGGAAUCUGAGUGCCAUCGAUUAUUCGUACGGUGGAGCAGCCACCCACUAUCCACUGUGGAAGCCGCAUUUCCCACGCGGCGAGGCUCCGCCUCCGUAUGAGGAGGCAGUGGCCAUCUCCCAGGCAGAGGCGCUAAGUGCCCAGUGCGUGGUCAGCCUGCCGGCCAGCUCCCAGCGUGCCGUCGCGAGCGUUAGCCAGCAGCAGCAGCUACAGCAACAGCAGCAGCAGGCGCUCCAAGCGCACCAGGCCCACCUUCAACAGCACACGCUCCAGCUGCACACUCAGCCGCAGCAGCAUCAUGCCCCGUACGCCCAGCAAUUGGUGCCCCAUCCGCAGCACGCCCAUCAGAUGGCCGCCGCCGCCGCUGCAGCGGCCGGAGGUGGCUCAGUUCUGCCACAGUCCAACCAGUACACGCAGAGCACCACGAAUCUGAUCAACAUCAAUAUCAAUAGCGGGGGCGUGACCACCAUAGCCACAGGCGAGAACCACCAGCCACCAUAUAGCCUUCAGAGCGAGCAGCAGCACAGCCUCGAACAGCAGCAGCAGCAGCAACACCACCACCAGCAACAGCUCCAGCUGCAACAUCAGCAACAAUUGGCCCAGGCUCAGGUCAGCAAUGGUUCCAUCUGCCUACAGACAAUGCCCAAACCCAGUGGGGGUGGGAGCAGCGAGUGCAGCUACAAGAACUGUCAUUUGAACAUCAGCGCCAGCGUCACCACGGCGGCUGCCACCAGUAGCUCUGCUUCCUACACGGCGUCACGCAGGACAACGCCACGCGGCUCCCAGGAACUGCUCCAUCAGUUGCCGCAACAGCAGCAGCUGCAGCAGCAGCAAACGCAACAACAGCAGUAUCUCACAGUGGCCGAUGUGGAGAUCAAUGCCAGUGCCAGUGCAGCCAGCUAUCAUUCCCUCCCCGCCAGCAGCGAACUUCUGGCCACGCCCACGCAUGCCCAAGUCUUGCAGCAUCAACAACAGCAGCAGCAGCAGCAGCAACAGCAACAGCAACACCAUCAACAGAUGCUGGCAGCUGCCAUGUCCGCGCCUUCCAUGGAGAUAUUGCAGCCUUUAGAAAUAUCAACCAUUUCAGCGGGUCCUGCCUGUAGCACAGCGGACCAGGCCACGCAGCUGCCGUUGCAUGCGACGCUCAAGGCACAGCAGCAGCAGCACCAACAACAGCAACAACAGCAACAGCAACAACAGCAGCAGCAGCUCAGUCUGGUGUCCGGGUCGAGCAAUAAGACACCCUCGAGCUCACGUCGCUACCAUCGCACUAUUCCCCGAUACUUUGCCGUGGCCGAUCCGCUGCAGGUGAAUGUUAGCAGCAAGUCCAAGAGCAGCAGCAGCAGUAACAGCAACAGCAGUGAGGUGGCAGCCAGCAGCAAGGCCAGCAAGAAGCCGAUGUGCCAGUGCCCCAUCCAGCAUGUGCCCAUGUCCUAUAUGGGCAGCACGGCCAAUGCCAAUGCCUUUCUCAGUGGAGCCGGCAAGCUGUUCAGCAACUCGAGCAGCAAUUCCAGCCCCACUUGCUCCCUGUCGCCCGGGGCGGCAGUUGGGGGCGGUGGCAGUGUCCGGCAUGCUGGCACUCUGGCAUACGGCCAGCGGGCCAAGUCCUCGACGAAUCUGCAGCAACAUGCUCAGGAUCUCAUAACGGCUGCAGGCGUUGGCACCCUCAAGCGCAGUGGGGGGGCAGCAUGCGGACAUGAGCUGAAGAUUGCCACCAUCUCAAAGCAGGUGGGCGAUGAGACGCAGACGCAUCAUCAUCCACAUGUCAGCGGCAGUUCGGGUGGCUCCAGUGGCGGUGUGAAUGUCUCGGCCAUCAUACCACCGCCGCCACUGCAACAUGCCGAGGAUGUGUCUGCACCGCCCAUCGUGUUGGGUCGCGUCCAGAAGCGUUCCUCAUCGUCCAGCAAUUCGGGGGAGCUGCGGGGUCGCAGCACAAAUGGCAGCGGGAGUGCAGCCGGACGCAGUGCAUCCAGCAGCAGUAGCGGUGGCGGUGGGGCCGCCGAUGUGCUCUCCAGCGCCUACUUGAAUCGAAAGGUUGAUGCCUACUUGAGUUUGACACAGAAACAGCAGCAACAUUUCUUUAACCAACAACAACAGCAACAGCAGAAGCAGCAACAAAAGAAACAACAACAACAGCAACAUCCCGAUCAAAGCAACCCAACUUUACCACCGAAACUCUACAAAAGCCUAACGAAUUUAAAAAGCGCCACAGUCACAAAAACAUCAACGGCGCCGGCUCCUACAUCCUCCUCCUCCUCGUCGAACAACAACAGCGUGGCCACAAUCUAUACGCUGAGCAAGCCCGGCGGCGCCAGCUCGAGUGUCCAGCGGAAAGAGCAAACCACACCCACACUGACACUGCCGCCGGCAAGUCCCAACGCAGCCAGUUCCGGGGAGAAGCUGCUGCUGGCCAGCGGCAAGAUCAACUCGAGCACAUUCUAUCCACUGGCCAAUCACGUGACGUACACCCUGCCCAAGCACAUCAGCGGCAAGGUGUCGCUAAACAGCACCAUCAACAGUGUGGUCAGCAAGGUGCCAUCGGUGAUCAGCAUACCGCCGGUGGAGAACAACAAUGCUGCAGGGGGAGGACAGGGUACGGCUGCAACCACUGCUGUUACAUCCAAAAGCACAACACUGCCAAAGAUAUUGCGUGUAAAGCGCGACACAGGAACGGGGACGGGCACUGGCACGAGUCCGGCUAUCGCCCAUUGCCAGAUGCCGAAUUAUCCGUUGGCGGCGUCCAAGAGCAGCGCCAGCGGCGUACGAUCGGCAACGGCAUCGGCAUCUACAACACCGAGCAAGCAAUUGCCUGUUUGCACCACCUCGAAGAACUGUUUAAAUCCCAAGGAGCACUUCCUGCCCAACGACACCAGCCUGGACGAUGACUAUCUGAGCGAGUGCGAGAACUGCAAGAUAGCGCAGAGUGCCAAAUACUAUCUGGAUGCGGAGAUGAGUGGCGGCGGCUCAUCAGCCUCCCCGCAAGAGACCAUGACGCUGCAGCGUAAAUCGCUCGAAGAGACCAAAGAAGAGCCGCACGACAGUUACUAUCGGAGUUCGCAUACGCUGCCCAGCAAUGCCAAGAAGCAUGGAUCUUCUAGCAAGAACAACAAUCGAGAGUCGUGGCAAUUCUCAACGAUUCCCGCUGCCAGCUCAUCGGACGAAGAUGUCAACGAAUGAGAUUUAAGCCAUUUUCUUUAAGGUGCCCCCGGGCCAGAAGAGUGUGCAUCCUAAAGAAAACGUAGGCUACAAAACAACAAUACCCAAAAAUCCCAAAGAGUAAAGCUAAGAGUUAGAUAUCAGCGUACUUGUUGCUGCAUAACUGAAAGAGAUAUCUUGUAUAUAGGCAUACGAAAAUGUACUUAAUCUAAUGCUCACGAAUGUAAUGUAAUGUAUUGUAUAUCUAACGAAUAGUUAUGGCAUUGAAUAUGUAGAUUCAUUGACUGUUUAGAUAUAUCCAUGAAGAUAAUCUAACCAAUCGGCGGCAUGUAAAUUUUGCGUGUUUGUUAUGCACCAACCCAACCCCUCUGUAUAUCUCUGUAUGUAUGUAUGUAAUUGAAGAAAACACUGUAUAUGAUACUAUUAGGAACGAAGGAAACCAAAGGAAGAGAAAUCAAUUAUAAUCACACAUUAUGGAUUAAUGGAUUAGAGGAACUGUUGAAUACUUGGCGUAUUAUGCAUUUGAAUAUAUUACGAUUAAGAUGAGAAAAAGAUGUCAAACAUUACUGCCAUCUGCCAACCGUUAACUGUCAAUAAUUAUUAUAUAUGUAUUGUAUAUGUAAUAUCUAUUCUAUAUAAUGUAUCGUAACUUUUUUAUAACUAUGGAAUCUGACCAAAUUUGAAGGUAUUUCCCCGCUCCCUGACGCUGCACACCCCAAAAAAACACACACAAAAGGACUCUAGUAUAAGCUUUAAAUUAAACUUAUACACAAAAGAAAUAUAGGCUCACAUUCCAAUAACCUAAGCGCCUAAAGUUCUUCCUUACACGCCGCACUCCAUGGAAUUUCUUCAAUUGUUAUUUUUUUUCCAUAAUAAUAAUAACUCCCAAAUGAAUGUACAAUAUAUAAAACGAACAUAAUUCAGUGUAUAGAAAUGUAAGAGUAAAAAUUGUUUCUAAAGUCGUAUUUAGACAUUAGACGGUUUCUUUAUCGAUAACGAAGGACUUCUUGGCUAACGAAUCAUUUAAUUUUAAUUCUUCAUUCGGCAGGCAGUGCUAUUCCUUGUAGCCCCGUACCAACCAUCUCCGCCCUGCAAGGCAGUCAGUCGUCUAAUGCUAACGAUGUAGUCACCAAAAAAUAUAUGAUAGAUAUUAGAGCCACGUCCCCAAGCAGCAGUGAGAGGCAGCAGGCACUAGGCUGCUCAGAUAAUAAAAAUAUAAAUUGUUUGAUUUCAUCAAUUUGCAAAACAAAAACAAACAAAAAACUAGUCGUAAUCAUACUCAACAACCGAGAGGAGAUACUAAGCCAGGAGUUAGUUAUGCCAGCAAUUAGUCGAAAGCUUAAAAUAGAUGAAGGACAAAGAAUACCAGAGAAUAGAGAGAAAAGAUGCAUAUGUAUAUUGAUUUCCUUUGGCUUAUAGUUUCUUCCGUUAAUAAUUUAAUUAUUAAUUAUCUUUGGACAAAAAACACGAGAAUGGUUUUUUGUUCUGGCUUUUUGGUUGUAAAACGCGAUCUCGGAUCCGCCGGGGGACUCUUGGUCUGACGAAAACUGAAUUGUGUUCAACCGAUGCUCAAAAUACCAAUGAUAUAGUAUAUGUAUCUAUAAGAAUGUACAAUUUGUUGUUUAGUUUCGGAUAUAUAAUUAACGAAAACGUAAACAAAACAAACUCUGUUAUGAAAUGCUCAAAGCGUGUACUGACCACAACGCAAUCGUGUCUCCCCCCCUUCACCCCUACGGGCGAUGGUGGGGGGCUUUAACUUAACAAAAAGGGAAAUUAAAAAGUAUUAACAGAAAUUACUCAAUAGUAUUAAAAAAUAAUCAAUGGAAUCAAACGUUUUUCAAAAUAUAACUUAUUAGUGACGGGUCAUUUAUCAAAAUUAAGUUCCCAAAAACUAUUCAAUGAACAACAACAACAACAACAAAAUAACAUAUGUACAUCACGGCUAAGUACGAAUUUUUAUUCAUUAAGCUAUAUUUACUAUUGAUGAAAAAUCUCAUGAAACCAAAUAUUAAACUAAUACGAAAUAAAACAAAAUACUUGGUAAAAAGUAGUUUACAAAUUACAAAAUGGAAAAUUAAAGUAAAAAAUAAAUUAUAAUUAAAACUAGUGUGUGGCGAUAGUUAAAACAAAUUUACCAAAUUCGAAAAAAACAAAAACCGUUUCAAAAUUAUUCAGCACUGAAAAUGAUGUUUGUCGAUAGCCUGCGAUUACAUUGAUUAAUAAUCGAUGUUCAUCAAAUGUUUCGAUGACAUACAUUUGUCUGAAUAAUUGCUUAAAACAAAAACAAAAAAAAGCAAA